AGCCACGAGUUCAAAAGUGUCAUCAACAACAAAACCCAUCACCGAAAAUGUAUUAAUUUACACCUAAUUCAUAAUUAAAUAAAUUCAAAAUUAUUCACUGCACAGAACGUAUUCGAAAUUUCUAAGCUUAAGUCAAUUUAUAUCGAAGAAGCAAUAGUUCUUCUAGCGUCGUAAAAAAGUGUUUGAUUACUGCUACAAAAGAUCAAUAGUCAUUGCAAUGGUGUGUGUGUUUAAAAAUUUAAAAAAUAGUUAUUUGUUACUAUUUCGUCAAUCUAGGUAUUCUCAAAACUAGUUAAGUUGAUAUAAAAUAAUAGUGAAUGAGUGGAACAGUGUGACACUCAUUAACACUGAAAAAUGAUUGUUAUCGUCAAGCUGAACUGUUAACAUUUGUAAUAAAAAUUCAAUUGCUUUCCAUACAAGGCCAGAUAAAAUGGAGGCAUUUGAGUCAGAGGAUGUCAAAAUUGAUGGGUGGGAGAUACGAUUGCCUUCCGAUAUUUGUACAAAUAGACAAAUUUUUGACGAAAUAUUCUCGAUUGACACAUGGAACAAUGUUCUUACCCCAGAACAACGAUGCCGUCUAACUCAAAUGCUGCCAAAAGAGAUUGCUGCCUCCCCAGAAAUGUCGAAGCAGACGAUAGAAGGAUUCUUCAAUGGGUCGUUAACCAUGUUCUCUGAAGCUCCUCUGGAUAAUUUCUACGGCAAGUUAGAAAGUGGCCAGUUCGACCCGGUAGUAACAGAAAUGAAGGCCAAUAUAAAACGAGAGCUACGAAAGGAGUCCAUACGACAAUUAAAAAAUUAUCAUACAAGUUUGUUGGAAGAUAUCGUGGUCUCCAGACAGAGAUAUAUGAACAGAUUAAAAGCUCGAAUUAUUCCCCUCACAAACAAGUCAAAACCAACCAAGGCUAAGCAACCUUUAAAACCAAAGAAACAAACUGGAGCUGGAGUACUUCAAAAUGCAUCAUCCGAGUUGAAUACAAAAUUGUCCACUCCUAUUGUGGGUGCUGGCACUGGGAAACAACCUAAAAUGCCACAAACUCCAGUUAAACCGGUGACAAAGGUGGAGCCGCCGGACGCAUCAUUAAACCCUCUAAAUGUUAAAAAGAGAAAAAACACAGAAGACCCCUUAGAUUUAGCUGAUAGUGGAAAACCUCUAUAUAAGAAAAAUUCAAACAUUGCUUCAAAACCAAAACCUUCCUUGUCAAAAGGGAAAACUGGCCCUACUACUACUUGCAGUGGAAACAAAAUUGGUGGACAAAGUGCAAACGAUCAAGUAGAAAACAAACCUGCUCCACCGCCACCAACAUCACCAACAACAAUUGUCGUGAAGGUGGAAAAUUGCUCACCCUCGAUAAGCGAUAUUAAAUUGCAGCAGCAACAGCAGCAACAACAAGAUCAACCAGUCAUUAUCGUCACCGCAUCUCAAACACCUACACGCUUUAUGCCGGCAUCACAUUCCUCAACCAGUUCUCCUGCUUCUUCUACAACUAAAAGUAUUUUAAAUGCUGCACUGACUUCGGAUAAAUUGGUGAAAAGUUCAACAAAUUCGUCGUCCAGCAUUUAUACCAGUUCGACAAAGAGUUCGCCAAUUUUGGCAUCCCAAUUGCAAGCCUCACCUCAAGUUUCUGUCAAGAUGGAAGACAGCUUAAAUUUCUUUAGUACUGAAUCUGAAAAUGAUUCGGGCUGUAUAACCCUCAAUUACCAAAAAUUAGAAGAAAAGUCUAGCGAGGACGAUGAGCUGGAAAGUAGUUCAGAUGAGUUUGAGGCAAUACAACCCACUAUCGGUUUUGGCUCUACGACUGCACUUCCUCCCACCUCAACCAUUACAACAGCAAUGUUAAUGAGUUCCACUACUACGCCAACUUUGGCGAAAGUGAUGUUGUCGUCGCCUGCUACUGGAAUUAACACUACUUUUCCGUCUUCUUCCAUUCUUCCAACAUUGACAACGGCCGCAACAACCACUGCAAUGACGACUGCAUUAACUAACAAAAUAAUUCAAGUCCAACCACAACAUCAUCAGCAAGAUGCAAGUGGAAAUAGUUUCGUUACUGUAACUGUCUCCAGUGCGGGUAGUGGUGGUGGUAAUAAGUUACAAUCACACUCUAGCCCAGUGUACAUUUUGAGUACGAAAACUUUAACUGACGGUCAUCAAUCGCAUGGACGAAUAAUUCAAAUUCCAAAGGAUGCAAUAAAGUCGAUACCAAUUUCAAGCCAACAAUUGGCUUUGAUGAACAGUCCGAAAAUUAUUGUCAAAGGAACUUCCUCAUCAUCUCCUCCUUCUUCUUCCUCCUCCUCGGGACUAGAUCAGCAGCAGCAACAAUUUAUUCAUCAAAGUUCCAUUAUUUCAAACCAGCCUCAAGAAAUUAUAAGAAUCUCCAACGCGGAUCUGCUUAAUGCAAAAACUUCAGGCAACAGUGUUCAUUAUGUAACAAACUCUGGGAAAAACUUGAUUUUACACCCUGUAACAUCUUCAGGUUUAAACCAGCCAUCUUCAGUCAAGAUAAUCUCAUCAAGCAGUGGCAACCAACUCAUUUCUUCCUGUUCCAAUCAUCCACUCACAACCUCUUCUUAUGCAAAUCUUAACAUAGUAACUGCCAGUUCGGACCUUGGAGGGGGAGGGGUACAAUUCGCAACGAAUGCAAGCCAACCAUUAAAAUUGAAUGAUUUGUCGCUCAAUUCGUCCAGCCUGUUGGAGACUGGGGAACUUAACCUGAGUUUGAGCUCAUUAGGCAGCAGUUUAGGAGGACUUGGUGGCAGCAUGACGGGAAUGAAUGUCAGCAAUAUUAGUGCUGGAAGUCUGGAUGGUGGUAUCAUGGACACGGAGAAUAUGAAGCUAGAAAUUGAUAAAAUUGAUGACUUGUCAGUUUUGGAUGGGACUUUCGACUCCAUUCCGAAUUUAAGUGAUGAGCUCGAUGGGCUAGACUUGGAUUUGGUGGAGGGACUUUGUGAUUUUGAGGGACUGUUGUCGGACGAGAAAAGGUACCCAAGUUUUUUCUCCUUGAUUCGGGAAGUGCUCUGUUCCACUCGAGACCAUCGAAUGACAUUGCUGUGUCUGGAGAAAACAAUACGAAAGUGGGCCGUUAGUCCAGGUGCAGCACUUAAUGAUUGGUUUCUAAACGUCUCCGAUUGGAAUAAUGGUUUGGUAACGGCACUGAAUUUCUUGGCUGGCACGUAUCAAGGUAUGGAUGUACACCCAGAAGACUUUGUCCCUUACAUUGAGUACAAAUACAAAACGAAAUAUUAUCAAUGGAUUGGUGCUGGGCGGGAUGGGGAUAACAAUUUGACACCUCUCUGCGGAAUUUGGAUGAGCAACUUGGAACGACUCCCUUCCGUAACAUCGAAAAUGGAUGGAGAAACUGAAGAUCAGGAGGAGGAAGAUGAAGAAAAUGAGGAUUCGGAGCUCGCUGAAGAUGCAAAAAAGAAAAAUAAGAGACCGAUAACUCCGCCACCUCCUCGUUGUGUGACCGAUUGGACUGUACGACCCUCCACAGACGAAGAAAAAAACUUGUUUAGAGUGCAGGAACGUUCGCGAUUUGACAACCCUCAUAAGGCAUUCACGUACACUAUGCAUUGCUACGAGUCUGUUGUUGGGCCGGUAAAGGGUGUGUAUUCUAGUCAGGUUGGAAUGACCAAUAAAGCAAGGGGACACUCGCUGCUGGUUGACUCAAUUCCGAUCGGCCCCCGUGUCCUCUCAGAGUCAUGGGCCGUCGCCGGGGGUGUAUACCCGUAUGAUCGACCUCCUUAUGUUACUAUACUGGCAUUAGUACGUGAUGCAGUGGCACGACUACCAAACGGUGAGGGAACACGAUCUGAGAUAUGCGAAAUGUUACGCGACUCUGCAUUUCUUGCACCUGAUGCGUCCAGCGUGACUCUAAAUUCUGUUGUGAGUGGUGCAUUGGACAGAUUGCAUUAUGAAAGGGAUCCUUGCGUACGAUAUGACUCUCAUAAAAAGAGUUGGAUAUAUCUGCAUCGAGACAGGACUCAAGAUCAAUUUGAACGUCUUCACCACAAUCGAAGUUACACGAAAUCCACAAAAUCUAGAAACAACACUUCGCGAAAAUCUCGUCGUUCAACCAAGGCUCCAACCCCCACAUCGGCUUCAUCUAGCACGGUCACCCCUGCAUCUGCAGUUAGCUCCACGUGUUCUACGCCAGUUACAUCAACAUCACCCUCGUCAACUACUGCUGAUAGCUGUACCACUGGGAUGGACGAUCUGUCUGUGCCAACACCCACGGCUGCUGAACCUAUAAAGCUGAUUACUACCACCAUUCCUCUCCCACCACAGCAGGUUCAAAGUCAGUCUACUACUUCCGAGUCCGCCACUCUUGUUUCGGUAGAAAAUUCUGCUCCAAGAUCAGAAAAUCAGACCAAGAGCGAUGUGCCAAACACUUCCAAUACAAUGUUACAGACGAUAAAAUUAACGACAUUACCAGUGAAACAGACAACGGCGUCGUCGUCAUCAGCUGAGUCAUCAACUUCUAUGUCGAUAAAAGUUGAUGCUACACCGGUUCCAGUUCCGGUUCCAACUCCAACUCCAGUAAUUCCACAACAACAACAACAACCCACACAAUUUCUAGUCCAAACGACGUCAUCCUCAAUGUCUCCAGUCACUCAAAACACAAUUCAGCUCCAGUCUGGUAGAACAGUGCAAAUUCAAGGAUUUCCCAGUAUUGCUACCACAUCAACCGGUGAAACCGUUAUGGUCAGUGGAAUACAGACCGGAACCACUUCUUCAGCAACACCUCAAGGACAAAUGUUAUUUGGCCCUCAAACCGUUCUUCGUAUUGCGAACGCGUUGAGAUUGUCGCAAAUGAGACUCCCUGGAAGUACAAUGGCUCCUGGAAAUAUCCGUGUUCCCCAGCAGCAUCGAAUUCUGCUAACCAGAGGCGCAGUUCCAGGACAACCAGGUAUUCUUCUGGGACACACAUCAUCAGGGCAAACCGUUAUCCUGUCGACUACUGGAGGGAAUAUAGGCAGCUUACAAACACUUUCGACAUCAAGCAACCAAAUUCUGUCUCAAAUUCAACAGCAGCAGGAAACCAUUGGAACAAUAUCAACUGGCAGUAAUAAUGGUGUAGAAAUUGUUUCGACACCUCUCUCAUCCUCGUCGUCACCUACAAUGACAACUUAUUCAUUGAGACAAAUGCUAGGAAAAUCUUUGUCUCAAGCUUCACCCAUCUUAAGUACAAACCAACCCUUGACUACUCAGAACAUUAGUACAAGUAGUAGUGGUGGUCCUCUUAAUUCUACACCAAAAAUGCUCCAAUUGAACAUUGCGGGAGGAUCUGGGCUGAUGAAGUCGGCCAUCAUGACGUCAGCUAGCACGAGUACGCAACCGGUAUCGACAGUAGUAAAUGCUCCAUCCUCAACCACCACUACUGCCAUCGGCAGCGGCGACUUUGUUGUGACAUCGUCAGGUCAAACACUCGCCGGAGUUCAUCCUCAACGACAUCCAGUUGGAUAUACUAUUGCUACCGUGCGUGGAAAUCCCAUGUCCCUUCAGCUUGGCACCGGCAGUCAGGCUGCAACAAUUAAUCGGACUAUUGGUGGGCAAACAAUCCAACUUCAAGCUCUUGGCCAGAACCAAAUGAUGCAAUCUAUCCUUGCACAAAAUCAGACAGCAGGCUCGGUUUCUGCACCAUCUAACAAUGGGGACACCGCAAGUGAAAGCAACCCCAUGGCACUUGCGCCUAACACAACCCCAAUCAUAAUACGAUCUAUGCAAGGUGACAUUAUGCUUCCUGGACAUAUUGCUUUAGGCAAAGGAGGAAUCAAACUCUUUCCAUUUCCGGUGGGAAAUAAGACAAUGUUGGCCAAGAUAAUCCCUCCUACCUCUGCUGCCUCUACCACGACUUCAGCACCAUCACCACCAACCCAACCGAGGUUACCCAUUACUAUGAGUACUACAAAAACGUUGGCGACUACGACCACAACGGACAUUCCUGUUAUUACCACGUCUACUACUACCAGUUUCAACGCAAACGUUCCUACAACAAAACCAGCCAGUCCUUCUCAAACUUCUCAACAGCAGUAACCAACACCCAAACCGUUAUGUAGCUUGUUCCAUGGCUUCCGUAAAGUAGUCGCUAAGCAUAAUUGCAUUGUUCUUUCUUCUGAAUCUCAUUCGUUAUACUCAUUAAUAAUAAUAAUAUUUUACUAUAGAAGACUUAAAUAUGUAAGAAAAAUUCAUGUCGAAUUUCAGAUUAAACGAGUUGUGAUUAUUAACCUAUA